GAUAAAGCAAACUAUAAAAUAUUUUUUUUAAAAAAAAUUAAACAUACAAUAUCGUAGCAUCCACUGCAAAAGAAUUCAACAGAGUUGAGCUUGAAUGGUUCCAAAUCUCAUUAUUCCAAGUCCAACCACAAAUUUACCAUAAGUCACAAGAAAAAAUCAUCUGGUUCUCUCUCACGCAGGCCGUUGAUCUAGGGGCAACAAAGUCCACAAAAUCUGGACCCCACAUUUUGAUUACCAAACUUUGAACAAUUCAUACAUGUAGCAUACUGCAUACACCAUGCAACAAGUCUUCCUUUCGUUUACUUGACUUUCAGUCUUCGCCUGGCCCUAAUUUUAAAUUAGGGUUUCGUAAUAAGUAUGAAUCUCAGGUUUCGAUCCUUCCAAUCCAAACCCUAAUAUCUCAAAUCAGACUCUGGAUUAGUGUUUUCAUGGAGAAGAGCAAUUCGUUCAAAGGCCCUCAGAACCCAUGGAGCGCCGAUUUAGGACUUGGCACCAGCGAUCGGAGAUUGGCGUUUUCGCGCCAAGCCUCGUUCCAGCAAUACCACGAACCACACACGCCGGUUUCGAUCAAUCUCAACGACUCUGAGGCGACGCCGUUUCUCUCGCGGAGCGUGUCGAGCAUUGACGUUCCUCCAGGGGAGUAUUUGGCAGAGGAAAAUGACAAGCUUUUCGGGGAACGAAGAGUUUCGGCCGAGAAAUUAUCCGUCUUGUUGGUUUUUGAAUCGGUGUUUCGGAUUUUGAGGUCCGGAAAUCGGUAUAUGAAGAGAUUGUUCUUGUUGAUUUCGCUUAAUGUGGCGUAUUCGACCGCGGAGCUAUGUAUUGGACUCUUCACUGGACGUAUAGGUUUGGUGUCAGAUUCAUUUCAUUUAAGUUUUGGGUGUGGCUUAUUAACGUUUUCAUUGUUCGCUAUGGCUGCUUCUCGAAAGAAACCUGAUGCAAUUUACACUUAUGGGUAUAAAAGGCUAGAAGUUUUGUCUGCUUUUACCAAUGCUCUCUUUCUUUUGUUUAUGUCAUUCUCCUUGGCUGUGGAAGCACUUCAUGCGUUCAUACAGGAUGAAUCUGAACACAAGCAUUACUUGAUUGUUUCGGCAGUGACAAAUCUACUGGUGAAUCUUAUUGGUGUUUGGUUCUUCAGAAAUUAUGCUCGUGUCAAUCUUGUUUACAGAAACGCAGAAGAUAUGAACAACCACUCAGUUUGCCUGCAUGUUCUUGCAGAUUCGAUUCGUAGUGCAGGGUUGAUAUUGGCAUCUUGGUUUCUGUCUCUGGGGGUUCAGAAUGCAGAAGUUUUGUGUUUCGGACUAGUUUCAGUUGCAGUUUUUAUGCUUGUAAUGCCAUUAUUUAGAGCGAGUGGUGGUAUUCUACUUCAAAUGGCACCACCAAACGUUCCAACUUCUGCAUUGAGCAAAUGCUGGCGACAGAUUACUGCCCGCGAAGAUGUUUCUGAAGUUUCUCAAGCACGGUUUUGGGAAUUGGUUCCUGGUCAUGUUGUUGGCUCACUUUCAAUACAGGUAAAGAAGGGGAUAGAUGAUCGCCCCAUACUUCAAUUAGUGCAUGGUUUGUACCAUGAUUUGGGAAUACAGGACUUGACAGUGCAAGCUGACAAUGUCUGAGAGUUUUGUUUCUGGUUUCGGCAUUGAUUGACAUUUGGUGAAGAUGGUAUUGGGUUGAAGUCCGACAUAUAGAUUUGUUCCCACUUUCUCGUUUGAAACCAUGGUAUUACCAGUUGGCAAAUAUUAGAAAAUAUAAGAGAGGAGUUUGAUUGGAUCCAUGUCAUUGUAAUGAAAUAUUAUUCUCUUUUUAUUAAAGAAAAUUAGUUGCUCUGGUAUCGGAGGUUUAUGGUUC